AUGGCUGAACGGCCAUCAAUUUCUAGUAGUCCAGAAGAAACGAGAAGGAUUGGGACGAGGUUGCAUACUUUCAGAGAAUGGCGAGAAGUACGAAGUCGAUCAUGGAAUGGAAAAAUUUAUUAUUAUAACGAAAUAACGGAGGAAUCGACGUGGUAUAAACCCAUUGAAUGGCUGCGAUUCGAGGCACGUCAGGCGCAAAUCGAACGAGAAAGAAGAGUGAGUUCGUUCAUACCAAAAUGGUGA